AUCCGCUAUGUGGUAAUGAAGCCCUGCAGCACACGGCUCUAUAGGACUAAACUCCUCCCACAUACAGUAAACACAGCUGGAGUCACGCUAUCCACAGGAUUUAAAGCUGGUGGAAGCUCACCUACAAACAGACAGCGAAGAGACAGGAGACAACACUCAGGGAUCCACACGUUCAGAUUUCUCCACAUGGCUCCUCGGAAGAAUAAACGGCUCAAGGUGAGCGCGGCCGGGACUCGCUACAACCCACAGGGCUUCCAGGGUCAGGAUUUUCUCAGACUUCGUCAGAAAUGUCUGGCGAGUAAAGAGAAGUUUGUGGACGAUAAGUUUCCUGCAGAUCGACGCGCCAUCGGAACGGGCCUGCUGUCGCUCGCCAAAGUGGGUAAAGUGGUGUGGAAGAGACCAACGGAACUGGUGAGUGACCCAUGUCUUGUUGUAGAUGGCGAGUCCAGGUUUGAUUAUUGUCAAGGAGAUCUUGGGAACUGCUGGUUUUUGGCCGCAAUUGGAGCGAUUACAUUCCAGAAGGACGUCAUGGAUCAAGUCAUUCCUGAAAAUCAGUCAUUUUCUCAGGAUUACGCAGGCAUAUUUCAUUUCAGGUUCAACAGAAAUGGACAGUGGGUAGAUGUUGUAAUAGAUGACCUGCUACCCACAAUCGAUGGACAACUGAUCUUUCUUAACUGCAAAACAAGUAAUGAGUUCUGGCCUGCGCUGCUGGAGAAAGCCUACGCCAAGGUGUGUGGUUCAUAUGCAGCAAUGAAUGGUGGCUAUAUAUCUGAUGGCCUGCGUGAUUUCACCGGCGGAGCUUACAAAGCAUUUAACCUGCAAACUGCUUCUUCAAAACUCUGGGAUCAGAUGGAGCAGGCAGUAAAGCGCAGAGCUGUGAUAGGGUGUGGUACUCCCUCGGGGCCCACUGCUGCUAACACAGUGCUUCCCAAUGGUAUUGUGCAGGGACACGCCUACACUGUCACUGGAGUGACCAAGGUGAAGACUCAGCGUAAGGAGGUGAAGCUGGUGAGAGUGCUGAACCCCUGGGGAAAAGGAGAGUGGAACGGAGACUGGAGUGACAAAUCUCCCCUGUGGAAUGAGGUGAGCAGCCAGGAUCGUGAAACAUGGCUGGAGGAUAAAAACAACGGAGAGUUUUGGAUGUCGAUGGAGGACUUCUGUAAAAGUUAUGAUGAGCUGGAUAUCUGCUCUAUUGGACUCGACUUCCUGGUUUAACCCCCAGCAUUGUGUCUUUAUUUCCUUAUAUAACUCUUUCUGUCCUGAUAUUUUCAUUUUAGAUUUUAGUACCCCAUUCAUUUCUGUAUUUAAGCUUAGUUUAUUUUCAUUUAUUAAUUCUGCCUUUUAUUACCUACACUGUAAAAAAAUCUGAAUUAUAAAAGAUCAGAACUUUUUGAUCUACAUACCUAUUUAAAAUAAAAUGGUAAGGCUAGAGGUAUACAUUCACAGCAUUUGGCAGAUGCUAUUAUCCAGAGUGACUUUUUUUUCCCCUUAUACAUCUGAGCAGUUGCUCAAGGACCCACCAGUGGCAGCUUGGUGGGGUAUGAAACUGGAACCUACCAAUCCCUAUUUCACUUUGAUGUGUGUGUGUGUGCGCGUGUGUGUGCAGGAUGUACAAUGCAGGAUAUAAUUAAACCUGUCUGUAAUAAUGAGAUAAUGGAUUUUUAAUAAAUGCUAAAUGUUGUACACAAUUA